CCAGUGGGCGGGGUGUAGCCAUACAGCCAGAAGCCUCUGGGCCUCAGCCUCCGUCAUUUCCAAAGUGGAUCGUUUGUUGUCAAAAUGGAGUUUCUGCUUGGAAAUCCUUACAGCACGCCUGUGGGCCAGUGUGUAGAGAGAGCCACAGAUGGAGGCCUGCAGAGUGAGGACUGGACUCUGAAUAUGGAGAUCUGCGACAUCAUAAAUGAAACGGACGAGGGACCAAAAGAUGCGAUGCGUGCCCUAAAGAAGAGACUGAGUGGCAACAAGAACUUCAGAGAGGUUAUGCUGGCGCUGACGGUUCUGGAGACAUGUGUAAAGAACUGUGGUCACAGGUUUCACGUCCAUGUGGCCAACAGAGAUUUUAUCGACGGCGUCCUGGUCAAAAUAAUCUCCCCCAAAGCAAACCCGCCCACAAUCGUGCAGGACAAAGUGCUGUCCCUCAUACAAUCCUGGGCUGAUGCCUUUAGGAGCAGUCCUGAUCUUACCGGCGUGGUCCAUAUCUACGAGGAGCUGAAGAGGAAAGGCGUUGAGUUUCCGAUGGCAGACCUGGAUGCUUUGUCUCCGAUUCACACGCCACAGAGGGGUACCCCUGAAGUGGACCCGGCUAUGUUAAAGUACCUCGCUCCUAACAAUUCAACUGGGGGUCCUCCUAAACCCAGCCAGUCCACUCCCACCACAACACAGGCCUCCAACAUCCCCAGCCCCGUCACUGUUACCCCUGAACAGAUUGCACGGCUACGGAGCGAGCUGGACAUUGUGAGAGGAAACAUUAAAGUCAUAUCAGAGAUGCUUACAGAACUGGUCCCUGGUCAGGAAGAUGCUUCUGACUUGGAGCUCCUCCAGGAGCUUAACAGAACAUGCCGCGCCAUGCAGCAGAGAGUGGUUGAGCUAAUAGGUCGUGUGUCCAACGAGGAAGUGACUGAGGAGCUUCUGCACGUCAACGACGACCUCAACAAUAUAUUCCUUCGAUAUGAGAGGUAUGAGAGGUACAGGUUGGGCAGGGCUGCACAAAACAACGGGAUGUUAGCUGAGACUACAGAAGAUAACCUCAUAGACCUGGGGCCAGGCUCUCCCGCCGUGGUUACACCCAGAAUUACGUCCAGCCCUCCAUCCAGCUCCGCCCAGAGAGACGCAGCGUCAGCAACUCACAACCCCACAGCUUCCUUAUCUACUGCACUCGCUAAUCUUGAUGUAGGCCCCGACACUGUGAGCGGUACACUCACCUCUCUGUCGGGCACAAAUAAAGACGAUUUUGACAUGUUCGCCCAGACCAGGAGCAGCUCGCUGGCUGAACAACGCAAAAACGUAAAAUAUGAAGAACCCCACGCUCUGGGAGGCCUAGCCUCUGCUUUGGAUGUGAGACAACAAAACACAAGUGGGCUGAGGGUAAAAGGGGAUGAUAACCCAGCAGAUCAGGAGCUGCCCAUAGACAGCUGGCUUAUUACCCAAGGAAUGAUCCCCGUGUCGCAGUCCUCUGUCAUGGAUGACAUAGAGGAGUGGCUCUGUGCUGAUGUGAAAGGAGAUGCUGCUGAAGAGGGAGUGACCAGUGAAGAGUUUGAUAAGUUCCUAGAGGAGCGCGCUAAGGCAGCAGACACUUUGCCAUCUCCCCCCGGAGCUAACCCUGCUCAACCUGCUCGACCCACGACCGGCUCCAGCAAGAAGGCUGAGCGGACAGAGGAUGCCCUCUUUGCCUUGUAGACUGUUUCCAGCGAAAAUUAGCUUCUGCAGCAGGAAUCCGGAAGGUCAUCCUAGAUGAUUCCCCUCCAGAUCAUCUCUUCUAGUUCCACUUUACUGCUAACUGGAUGGAAGUGGUGUUGCAAGUGAACUCCACCUCCUUGCUCUUCUCUUGCUUGAACCCAUUAAGGUCAAACGUGUUUACUGCACAUUCUGCUGUGUUCCGUUUUGCGAUAGAUGGAUGUAUAAAUCAGUUCAUGUGGGAUGUAGAACUCGCAGGCUUGCAGCUCAUUUGCAGCUAUCCCACUAAAUGAAGACUACCAACUCUGUCUCAUUUUGUGGAAGAAUGUAGUUUAUUACUAUUAAAAUUAACAGUGCAGGCUGAUGCAUUGAAUUUUUAUGAAAGCAUACAUUUAGAAUAUUUUAUUUUUACUACAUUCAGCUAAUUGCAUAUUUAUGCAUUUGUUAUAAUGGUUGGAUCUGUAUUAUGUUGCGGUUCACUUAAUUCUUUAAUCGGCUAAUAUUCACUUUAUUCUGGUUUAACCUUUUAAUAUCAGUAUUAAUUGAUGCGGUUGUAAAACCUGUUUUUGCCUGCUUACCGAUAACACAGUAAAGAAAAAGCUGAUUUGAUGGGAUUUCUUACUAUAGAGGAAUCCUCUGGAAAACCUCUAACCAAAGGGAAGUUUAAUGGUGGUCAGUUUAAACAUGUUAAUGCAUCUCAAAUCACAAAAGGGAAGAAGUAUGUCCAUUUGAUACUUUAAGCAUCUUAAAAAAGAAACUUAAACAUGAACUGGGACCAUCAAUUAGCAUCAAGCACCUUUAGUCAUUCCAAAGAAUAGUAAGGCUUUAAUGAGCAACUAGGACUUUAUUUAUUUAUUAUAAUAUAUAAAAUGUUAGACUAAUGCGCUCUGUUGAGGUUAGUGCAUGUUUUGGUGAUUGAGAAGAAAUAACUCAGAUUUUAUUUUAUUUGAUAAAAACCCUUUUUUUUGGCAUCAGCCUCAAAAUCUGUAGAAAAAGUGGGAUAUAGUUUACGUGUAUAUUUGCUUUAACUCAUCAUAAUUUGAGAUAUAUGCUAAUUUAUUUACAUUCCAUAUUUAUAGUGCAAAAAUACACAGGACAUAUUUAGAUGAUACGCCAGAAAUAGCGCCUCCUACAGUUCGGAAAUGUUAACUGCAGUCCGUGAGAGCUGGUCUACUGGGUGUUUUCAGAUGAGUCUCUGCUUUUACAGCACCUGGUUCAGGUAAUUGCUGUAAUUAGUCAUUAAUGGGAACCAGGUGUGCUGAAGCAGGGGCCGUUCCAAAACGUGCUAUAAACUGGCCCCAGACUCAAAUAUUUUAAAAUAAAAUAAACCAUCUUCAUUGAUAAGAAUAGAAUAGUAAGUAAUUUUCCUCAAAGUUUAAAAUGAAUCACCAGACUUCUUUUCAUAUAGAUUUUAUUUCAGAAAAACAAAUGGUGGGUUUGUAUGCCUUGCUCAUCUGUAUUUGUACUAAACAUUUUUUUAGUGCAUGGACAAAGCCUCCUCUCAUAGUCCGGGACAUGAAAAAUUAUCUUUGCUAGUGAUUAAUAAUAUUUUAAUAAUGAAAAGAAAAUCAUUCCAAGUUUAAUUCCCGUUCAUCAGUUAUUGACUAAGAGAAGAAAAUGAGACCUUAAUAAUAAUUAUUUUUUUUAAACAAAGGAUAGUAGCCACUUAUUUUCUAUUAUUUAUCUCUGAGAUUCAAUUACCAAAACAUGCAUGGACCACUAGUAUAUGAAUAUAUUUUUUAAAAACGCAUUAAUGUAUGUGCAAUUUGCAAAAAAAAUAUCUAUUUUUUUGUCUUUUGUGUUUUUAGAAUUCAUAUUUUUGAAGAGAAAAUAAGAAUUAAGAAUGACUUCACUUUGCACACUUCUUUUUUUCAUCACUGCAGUGCUUGUUUAGGUUUAUUUAGUAUAUCAAGUUUAGGUUAAAAAAAAACAAUAUUAGUCAAUCACUUGGACAAAAGCAACAUUUGUUUUUACAAGUAUUGAGAUGACAGAGAUGCAGAAUUAAAAAAACAUAGAUCCUUAUAUCAUUUAUAAUAUAAAUAUACAGUUCAUAACACCCUUAUAUAGUCCCUUUUUUUAAUUUUCUGCUUUAUUUUUAUAGUUUUUUUAUUUUACACUAUAUUGUCAAGUGUGUUCAGUGGUGGGCGCCAUCCUCAGUUUAGCUCCAGUGUAGAUGGAAAAAAAAACUGCCAAAACAAAGUCCAAUCUUUAAUUAAUCUAUUUUUCUUUUAUUUAUUUAUCAAAGUAUUGCCUGACCCCCAGCUAGGUGCAAUGUAAGGUUAUUAGGAAGCUCCUAUUAUAGAGCAUUUUUUUUGUCCACCAACAAAGUCUCAAAUAUUUUUUUCCCCCUGAUUAUUCUUGUAAUAUUUGAAACAUAGUUCAAAUGUAAUAUGGGGAUUUAUUUGGUAUUAAUGCUAAAUGAUUUGUGUUGUGAAUUGGCCCUAUAUAAAUAAACUGAUUUAAUUAUUGCUGUAUUGAUGCAACUACUUAAUGAGAUGGUGGGUUAAUGUUUUGCUUUGAGAUUGCUUUCCAUGCAGGUUGUACAAUGACAAAUACUGAGAAAGCUAUUGGAGGUUAUUUAAGAUGAUACGUCUAUUUUCAGUAUUUGUUUGUUACAUGUCUUUGGGUCUAUAACAGUACAUUUUUUUUUGUACUACUUUCUUUGAAGUUCAGAACAUUUUUCACAGAUGUCUUAGCUGUCUAUAUUUUGGAACUUUAACAUCAUAAAACACAAUAUGUAGUCAAAGUUUAGACAUCUCAGGUGUUCAACAUCUCUUUGGCUGCACCUUGCCAUUACUUAUGAUCAGAUUUGUAUUUGACCCUAUGCACGUGUCUGACUGCCCAAUAAAACACUGGUAAUGUGUGACUGCUACCUCA